CCACAACCUUCAGUCACAGUGAACGGACAUGCUCGCUCACUCAUUGACUUUGACUCCGUCAUCGAACUCACAUACAGCAGAAUCCGCAGCAGCUCUCGCUCAUCAGAGUUGAUGGGGAAUGCUGUGCGUAAAUGUCUGCCCCUCAUAAUGCCUUGCCGGAUGGCAGUCAUCUGUCAGAGCCGGUGUGUGGCACAUCGCCUCCAUAUCCCGUGACCGCAAUGGGGGAAGGCAAUGGCGGUCAAGAGCAGCAAUUGACAUCUUUCAACUUUCUCUCUGACGAUGGGAGCGAAGAUCACGAGUCGUCGUUUGCUCCAUGGGGCUUGCUGUCGCGGGUCAGAACCGCGCUGACUGGUUCAGCGUCUCAGGCAGCAGCAAGCUCUCUCACCAGUAAUGGCGCCGCGCCGGUCGCACCUUCGCUACAGGACCCGGCAGCGUCGACAAUGGCAUCCGCAUCACUUGGCGGCUGCGUUGAUCGCCUAGAUGGGCGUCCGGCCGCUUCUCGACCAGCGGCCGUGGAACCCUACGUACGAACAGCUAGCGUCGGAGGGGAUGCUCGAAGCGAGAUUUGGCCAGCCAGCGCAUCGACUUCGAGAUCAGCGACUGGCAUCAAGCAGCACAUCAGUGGGCUAAGUCAAGCCAGCUCUUCCCAGGCGCGCGUCACAAAAUCAACCCUCAAACCGGGCUCCUCCAAGUCGGCCCUUGCCCCGCCCUUCUCAUUGCGCCCCGCGCCUGCCUCGGCACUCACGAGCACGACUGCGGCGCACGCGCAACCCAUCACACCUACCAGUGCUUCCCGGUCUGGGGAAUUUGACGAGGACAGCUUGGGAGCCCUUAAUUCUGCAGCUCGUCCUCCGCCUUGGGGCGCGGUGCCCGGGUUCCCGCUGCCCAGGGAUCUCCUUGCAGACGACGCGCGCUCGAUCAGGAGCACGUCGUCCAGGCCUCGAUCCGAAAUCGACUCUCCUUCUUUCGCAAUGCCCCAUCUCGCCUCAACUUCUGCAACUGGUGCACGAGCGUCAGCAGCGCCCUCUUCUGCCGAGGCCAUUCGACGCCUUCGGGAGACGGAGCCGGGCAGUGAUCGACGCUUCUGGUUGCCAGAUAAGCAUGCCACCGCGUGUGGUGGUUGCGGUGUACCAUUCAGCACUUGGCGAAGAAGACACCACUGUCGCACCUGCUUUCUGGUGUUCUGUGCCUCGUGUGCCAGCAACAUGCUUCCCACACGCCAAGCAAAUGGUCUUCCUGGUCCAAGGGCGAGAACGUGCAAUGACUGUGUCAGGCUUCUUCGAGAUACCGCUCCCAGCUCCAAACCUACUCGUCUCGUGCCGAGUCCUUCAGCCUCCGCUUUGGAGAAGUCCGAUAUUAGCGCUCCUCUUGAAGCAUCGAGCAAAAGCCCGCAAGCCCAGUUCGCUGCCAACGCCCUGUUCUCAAGAAUAAGAGGUCUUCCCAGCACCCUAAGCAUAAGUGGCUUGGCUGGAUUUGGGCCUGAUGACUUUGGUUGGGACAGCCGCGCCGCGUCGCCUGAUCUGAUCGCUGUAGACCCGGAUGCUCCCGUCUCUCGCAACGGCAUGUCUCAAAUAAGCUCCGCAGCUCCUUUUCGCAAAGCUCUUGCAGACGACGAUCAGAUUGCAGUCGCUCCCGAUGAAGAGGCAGAUCCCGGCGAGUCGAAUAGGGUGGUAGUCGACGCUUCCUCUCCUCGAGACGCGGGCGCGUCAACACCAGAUGCCGCCCCUCAAAUGGGCAACUCGGGCUUGCCACGCAGCCUACCCCUCAUCGCAUUUCCAACUCAAUCAACGGAGGACGGCGACGACGCUCGUUCAGAUACUGGCGCAUCUAUACAUAGCCACGCUAGGACUCGAUUGGCGAGCGAGCUCGGAGGACACGCGGACCCGCGCGCGAGGCUCGUAAGCGAUGCAGCCCUUCGCGCGAUUCGCAGAUCUCGGCUCCGCAGUCGCGUGGCUGUCGAAGAUGUAGACCGUGCCAAAGGCCACGGAGAGCCUGGCAUUCCAGGCCCGAGCGCAGGUGGACAUUCCCGCCAUCAGAGCAUUCUUGGCGGUCAACAAGACGCACUGCCCUCACACGGUUUAGGGCCGCACGCUCUUGCGCACCUAGUGAAAUUCUUGAAGCAGUCUCUCAGGCAGGCGAAGCUCGGCGGGGGAAGCCAAGAUUGGGAGCGCGUGCUGCUGCCCUUGAUUUUGUCCGUGUGCGCCAAGGUGCGCCCACGGCCCAGGGCUGGGGAGUCGGCCGAUGUCCGUGCCUAUGUCAAGAUUAAAAGAAUUGCUGGAGGGGAGCCGCAAGAGUCGGCAUACGUGCCUGGAGUGGUCCUGUCCAAGCAUGUCGCCACGAAGCGCAUGGCAAGUCGGUUGCCCUUGCUCAAGCCAAGAGUGAUGCUGCUGGCAUUCCGCAUGGACCAUGUGUCGAGCGGUCUGUUCACCCUCGAUCGCGCCGAGCAGGAAAAGGAAUAUACAAGGAUUCUCGUCGCGCGGAUCGUGCAGCUGCGCCCGAAUCUUGUGGUGAUUCGCGAUUCUUGCUCGCGUCAAGCGAUCGCAAUGCUCGAAGGUGCUGGCGUUGUUGUCGUCUGGAGUGUCAAGCAGACGGCUCUGGAGGCGAUUGCUCGAUGCUGCAACGCUGACAUCAUCACGUCUGUCGACCGUCUUGGUCUGGACCCACGCGUUGGACGCUGCGCAAGUCUGAGCGUCGAUACAUACUCCCAUGCUCUUCUCCCAAGCGCCCGCAAGUCGUUCAUGAAAUUUCUCGCUCCUAACUUCAUGCGCGACCCGUCAAAUACUGGCGACGUUGUCAGUGGCGCCUCGCAAUCGUAUACCCAAGGGCAAGGGGGCUCAGUGGCCACAAUCGUGCUCAGAGGAGGAAGCAUGUCACUUCUUGGUCGCGUCAAGUCCGUCUUAGACUCCUGCAUCUUCGUAGCCCACAACCUUAGGCUCGAAGAUUGUCUGGCACGCGACGAAGGAACCACCAUCCUAGAUGCAGGGAACGACGAUGAGGAUGCCAAGAAGAUGGGACACGCGAAUCAAUCGGAGCCCGCCGACAAACGCAUUCGCAAGCUGAUGCGUCCGUACGAACAUCACUUGGGGAGCGCAAGUGCUUUCCUGCACGUUCCGCCUCCGUAUCCUCUCGUCAAGCUGAAGCAGGCCCAUGAGCGCCUGCAGAAGCUACUACAUGAGCGCCAAGAAAACGCGGAUAGAAGUCUCAUAGCGGACGAAAAGGCGGCUCGCAUUUCUGCUACUGAGCCCCGAGCCAGUGCUGGCACCCCACGCAAGGCAUCUAAGUCCUACGCCGAAGUGGCGGCAUCUGGCAGUAGUGAUACACUGGGCACUCCUCGACCUAGGUUGGCGUCAGAAGGGCUUCAGGCAGAUGAGCUUCCGACCCGAGAGGUAGACAGCCUCCUGGAUGAGUUUGCACAAACGACCGAGAACGAUCAGAAGGCUGCGAAUGUACAGACACCAACCGAUGCGCGCGCAUGGGGACAGUCUUCCUUGCCCCGGAUGGCCGAUGCACUCACCUCGAAGGUACAAGUGGCAGGCCUUGCAGAGGUCCUCCCUCAACCUUCGUACCUGACGGAGGAGACAGCCUAUCGCCUUGCCGUGUUCCAGCGUGAUGCGGCAGAAAUGGCGUGGGGCGCGCUCUAUGCAAAGCAGCAGCAGCCGUCGUCCUUGCUGUCAUCAACGCGACACCUCGUGUUCCUUGCCUCUUCAAUGUCGUCCACGACUCAGCGUCCAUGUGAAGGUCCCGCCCUCAAAGCCGUCGAGCUGUACAGCAAAGGCGACGACACGUUGGGCAGCAGACUCGAGCGUAUGGUCGCCGAGAGCGGAUCAACGUGCCCUGCCAAAGGAUGCGGGCGACCACGUCUCGCGCACUUCAAUGUCUGGGUGCACAACGAAAGGCGUGUUCUGGUGGUCCUGGAGCGUUUCGUCUGCCCAAUCCCGGGACAGGAGAGCAAAGUGCUGAUGUGGUCUUACUGCAAACGGUGCGAGCAAGCUUCGCCAGUGGCGCAAGUGUCAUCAGACACACUUUGCCUAUCUUUUUCCAAGUAUCUCGAGCUACACUGCAGUGCUGGCCCGAAUAGCAAGCAGGCGACGUGCGGACACGACUUCUUCGACGACCACGUUCAAUUCUUUGCCCUGCAAAACCUCGCCGUGCGCUUUCACACUGACCCGGUCGAAGUCCGCGACGUUUCCCUCCCACCUUUGCACCUGCUCUCGCGGCCUGAUGUCGAAGGCCGCUUGAAGAGUGAGGAAGCAUCGACCCUCGCUUGUCGAACGGCGGCCUACUUUGAAAGUGUCGGAGCUCGCAUUCUUGCUCUGAGAUACGAGGCAGGCCUUUGCCGUGACCAGGCUGCCGUUUCUGCCAGCGCUCUGCUUCUUGACCAGAUGAGCACGCAAGCAGAUCGCGACGCUGGAGAGCUCACGCUAGCUCUGGCGCGCGCGUGCGCCGAGACCCAGCCUACGGACGUCUUGGGUCUCAGUAUUGUGCGGCGGCGUCUGCAGGAGGUGGUCGUUCGUUGGGAUCGCGAAUUUGAACGAUUUGAACGCGAGAAUCUUGCGGCGGAGCGAGAUGCUAGGCGUUUGACGACCUCUGGCCUUUCGCGUAUGUUCGCCGAGCGAGAGCCCGUAGCAGGUGGCGCGGAUGGAAUUACGCCACUGCCUCCUGCUGCGGAGGCUGACGAGUCUAACAUUGGAAGCGGCCGGGACUCGGAAAUCGAAGGAUUGCCGCCGCAGCAAAAGGGGUCACCUGCCGCGACCCCAGAAAGUACGAAGACACCUGCUCCUUUGACCGCCGCUCUGCCGAUAGGCCAUACAUCGGCGCCUCCCAGCUCUAUCACCUCAUCGAGCGCCUUAUCCUCGGAUAGGCUUACGCCCUCAGAUGCCUUGUCGGCAGACGAUCGCAUCUCUACGAGUGGUGAUGACCCAUAUCGAAAGGCGACUACUGCAAAUCCAGAGACGACGACGAUCACAAAUUUGAGCUCGCCUGCGACUUGGCGCCGGCGUCGACUCCAGGAACGGACCGCUGAAGAGAGCUCUUGCACAGAGGCAGAACCUGAUGGCGGUGCUGUCCGAAAAUUCGUGCGUCGCUUGGAAGCUCCGCGUCCACGUAUUGAAUCGACGCUCGGCAGCCAGUCCGACGCGUCAGCAAGAAGGCCUAUUCUACGAAGGGGCAAGACGGACGAUACGACAGCGGGUACGCAUCAGCAAUGCGAAGUGUCGCCCUCUGGACCGCGCAGUCCGGAGAGGGUGCUGUCAGAUAAUGAGACAUCUGUCAGACCCACCAGCACUACUACUUCUCGGAAAGAUAGGAUGAUCGCCCAAAGUGCAGAUCGCGGCCACCUUCUCUCGACACUCAGUGGACCUUCCAAAACAACAAGCGCGCCCUCUCCGUCUCAUAGCCCCACAGUGCCUUCAAGUCGUCGUUUUGUGGCUCGACGUGGUCCGCCGAGUAGCUAUAGGCCGCCGAAAGUGAGCGAGCCAGAAUCAGACACCAGCACAGUGGUAAAACGUCUUCCAGCCUCAAAAAUUCCGGUGCGAUCGGAGAGCGAAACUGAUGACGUCAGAGAUGGCAAGGUCACACGAACAAUCCUCCAGCGCAAGGGCUCGAGUGGCAGGAUACGCCAAGCAGGUGCUGCUGCUCCCGCUCCUGCUAACAGUAGCACUCGCCGGCCCCUUGCAUCUCCGGUCCUGCGCCGCGAGACGCCUGCUAACGGACCUAGGUCGCGUGUCUCAACCAUCGCUCGUCAUUUUGACAAGAUCAAUCGCGAGGCAGAGCGAGAACGCGAGCGUCAACAACGGGUCCUCGCUAUUCGAGCCCGUAGAGCACAGCCAGUCGCUGCCACACACGCUCGCGUGGAGGUGUUCUCUAACGUGCUAGAAGCAGUUCAAGACGACGACAGCAGUGACGAAGAUGAAGUUUCGGCAACGGGGCCAACCGAGCAAGGUACAGACGCCAAUGCAUCGGGUGGCGAAGCUGAGGACGAAGACGACUCCGAUGCUGAACGAUCACGAUUGCGGCGGGCAAGUGUGCGCAAGGACACCUCCAAUGGCACCAUCACUCCGCAGAUUGCGGCGCCCGAUCUCACCCUCACAUCUCAAAGUGGUCCUCCGACUGUCUGCCCGCCUUCGCCCCUCGAGGCGGUCGCGCCUAUUUGUGCAAUCCCUGUAAGCGCGCCGGGGUCUCACGGAACGAACACGCCACUCGCGCUCCCUUCACCUAGCCCAGACCCUCCGGCAAGUGCUGCAAUGACCCUUGGUCGCUCUUGGCGCCAAAGCUUGAUGGCCGAUGCCACAGACGAGCGCGGCGCGACGGGCUCCCUGCUGAAGACCUUGUCAUCACUUUGGGGCAAGGGACGGGCUUUACCUUUGCUAGACUAUCCGAUUGCAUCUUCUGAACAUUUCUUUGCCGACAGCGGUGUAGUCCUGCGAGAGGAUGAGCCCUCGUCGCUUAUUGCAUUUACAUUAAGCUCCUCCACGUAUCAGCAUCGUCUGCGAACGCUUCGCGCUUCACAUGCUGGAUUCCCAUCAAGAAGUGCGAUCGAGCCCUUUGAUGGUGAAGGCGGCCUCGACUGCGAGAAGAUUCGAGCUGCUGAUCGAGGUCUCGAGCUACAGCUGCGCGAGCCGGAAGGCAUCCACUUAAGGUUUGAAUUCAACAGCGGUGGCUGCAAGUUUCACAUUCGCACACUGUUCGCCGAGCAAUUCGAUGCUCUGCGCAAGGCAUGCGACUGCGAGCUCAGCUUCAUCCAAAGUUUGAGUCGAUGUGUCAAAUGGGACAGCUCUGGUGGCAAGAGUGGAGCAGCAUUCUUAAAGACCAAAGACGAUCGCUUUGUGAUUAAGGAAAUCUCCCGUGCCGAGAUGGAAGCAUUCUUGAGCGGCGCUACCGGUUAUUGCCAAUACAUGGCCGAUGCGAUCUUUGGCGGACGGCCCACAACGCUGGGCAAGAUUUUUGGCUGCUUCCGCAUAUCCAUUCGCAACACCCAAACCGGAAAGUCCAUCAAGCUGGACUGCCUGGUCAUAGAGAACCUAUUUUAUGGUCGUCAACUCACGAAGAUAUUUGACCUCAAGGGCUCGCUCCGGAAUAGACACAUCCGCGAGACGGGCCGAGCUGAUGAGGUCUUGCUCGACGAGAAUCUUGUAGAGAUGGCCAACAAGUCUCCCCUCUUUGUGCGCGAAGAUAGCAAGAGUCUACUACUGCAGGCACUACGAAAUGAUAGUCUAUGGCUUGAAAGCCAAAACGUUAUGGACUACAGCUUGGUAGUAGGUCUCGACAAGGAGCGCAAAGAGUUCGUAUGCGGGAUCAUUGACUACGUGCGCACGUACACCUGGGACAAGAAAGCCGAGACCUGGCUGAAAGAGGCAUCAGCGCUUGGUGUUUCCAAGGCCACGCCAACGGUCAUCACGCCAGCGCUCUAUCGGCAACGUUUCCUCACCUUCAUGAGCUCCUCCUUCUUGCUCGUACCUGACGCGUGGUGCCCUCCUCCCGACUCCCUGAACGAGACUUGCCCAUCGUCUGCUCAAGGCGCCCCACUUGCUGCCGCUCCCACCUCAGCGAAUCACCUCUGACCUCACCUAACCUCUUCUAUUCUAUCGAACCGAGCUUUGCCCCUACGCUCUCCCCUUUCUGGCCCUACUUCGAUGACGUCGCUCUCGCUCGUUCAUUCACACCUGUAUUUGUACAUUGGAUCUGACCGCUAGUCUAACAAGCAUCACUACUGUGACACGCACGUGCUCUCCGAGUUGACAGCUAGUCAAGAGCGGCAUAUGCAAAUUCACAACGGGAUAUCAAGAUCGCG